CUGAAGUGAAUGAGCAGAGCUCACUACAAGUCCCACGAUUCAACACGAAGGGGAGUUUCGGGUCUUGCCGGACGUUUUGCCGGAAAUUUUGAACAGCAGGGUAUUUCCUAAGGUAGUGGAGUGUUGUAUCUUCGAUUUGCUCAUCAUUCGUAUAGAACUAUUUAUACUCCCGAAACGUGCGACACAAUGUCCAUGAGUGUGGUGAAUUCCACGGUCUCUGCCCUGAAAGGCUGUCAGAACGAUAUCGGCACGGCGAUGGACAUCGUCACUGACGUGGCUCUCGACCUGGUAGAAACUGAAGGAAAUGAGGAGGACAUCCAGAAACUGGAGGACAUGAUGCUGGACUGUGCGAGACUGGACAGAGAGAUUAAUUGCUUUGUUGAAGCUGUUGAGCAGAUGACUGCACAGGCCAGGCUGCAGCUGCAGCCAGAGGCCAUGUUCACCCUGAAAAACCAGGUGGAGGAGCAUUUCGCCAAGCUCCAGGGCUGCUUCGUCGACUCCGACCUGCACAGGCACAGUAAAGUGGUGAGCUUCACCGAGAGCGUCAGGAAUUCAGGGGCGCAAGCUAACCCCUCUGCCAGCGAGAACAGAGAUGAGGACAUGGACGAGGACAUCCAGGUGACGCAGAGCCAGGUGAACUUCACCUGUCCCCUCACCCAGGUGGAGAUGGUCAAUCCCGUGAAAAAUAAGAAAUGCAACCACUAUUAUGACCAUGAUGCCGUGCUGGGCAUGAUCAGGAGCAAACACAGCCAGAAAAAGAACUUCCGCUGCCCCGUGGUCGGCUGCGGGAACACGGACGUGAAGCAGUCAGACCUGGUACCGGACGCAGCCAUGAAGAGGAUGAUCCAGAAGAACAGGGGAACGAAGAAGUGAGUCAGACACAAACCGCCCCCCCAACCCCAAAAAAAAGAACUCUUCAGGCCGGGCUCAGAAUGACAUCACAGAUGGAUGUUUUUGAUUCAGCAUUCCGACACAUCCAUUGUCCCACAUAUGGAUUCUACGAACUGAUCACUGUUUGCAGCAGUGUAAUCUAAACUCCAGAGGAGCGUACUACUUAUGUGACAGUGGGUCUGGGCCAAGGCUAGUUUUUGUCGCCUUUUGUGCAUUUCUUUAUGUCCGGUACUUCAAAGGCCCAGCAGCAGAUUGUUAUCUUCUGUACCUAACUUUGAAACACACUUUUUAUACUUCCUAUAACUGUUUGUACUCUUGGCUUUUUCCUUUGUCAUAAUAAAUGCUGUUAUUUAUGCUG